AGGCAUCGGCCCCAGCUUCCACUUCGGCCCCCACCUUUCCCACAUUCUCUCCUGCUUCUCUAGCUCCUGGACCGUGCGCCCCUUGCAUGUCAACUCCUGGCCCGCUGUGAGACCUGGAGCUUGCGCUGGCGCGACGCGGCAGGCAAGAGAGGCGGCCGAUCUUCUUUCCAGAGAACAACUUAUCGAUGUUCACAUGCAUUCCUCUAAAGAACAUCACCCUCCUUCGUCAAGUGUCCUUUUCCAGUUAUUCAUUCACUCGCUCAGCUAUUCGUAGACGAGUGAGUUAUCGGUUUCCGCCCCCAAAGUUACCAGUAACAUCGCCAUCCCUACACAUCUCCCAAAAAUGUCGGAGAACUACGUUGCCCCCGGCCAGCAGCGCUACCUUCGUGCCUGCAUGGUCUGCUCUAUCGUCAUGACCUAUGCUCGCUUCCGUGACGAAGGAUGCCCCAACUGCGAAGACUUCCUCCAUCUCCAGGGCUCGCCGGAUCAGAUCGACAGCUGCACGUCGCAAGUCUUUGAAGGAAUCAUCACCAUUGCCAACCCGCAGAAGUCGUGGGUGGCGAAGUGGCAGAGGCUGGACGGUUAUGUGAAGGGUGUAUACGCGACCAAGGUGUCGGGCCAGUUGCCGGAUGACGUGCGCACCACGUUGGAGGAUGACGGCAUUCAGUAUAUCCCGCGCGAUGGCAGUGCGACGGAAGCGGACUAGAAACUCGAAGCUGCGGUGCAAGAAAACAAGACGGAAUAGGGCGGAUAAGAAAGCAGGAAAGAGAACCGACAAGCAAGAAGGAAGAGGGACCGAUAAUAGAUCGUUCACAGACAACCCAGGAGCGGAAUGCGGAAUGCCUGUUAAAGGGAAGGCAACAGGAGUUCAAGGCGUUAAGGCUGGUUUAAAGGGCGUGGUCUAGACAGCAGGAUAGUGGCCAUUUUUUGGGUUUUGCAUGAUCAACCCAGGGCUAUAAUUACACACUGCAGCGAAAUACAACAAUCAUACAAAUGAGUUUAUCACUACCUAACCUAUAUGGAAGA